AAAGCGUAGGAUUUAAUCACCGCAUUUCAUUUCCCUCAUCUGAGCUUCAGAUACAAGUCGGAAUUGAAACGACCCGAGAGCAAAUUCCGCACUGCUUUUUGGCAGCAUCCGAAACGGCUCGGUUCAAUCAGACCAUGGCAAAGCAAGACCGUCCAUAUACACUAAUCAAUGUUAUAGGAGGCAUGGAUGGAGUCUACAAAGACCAUGUUGAGUUCCUGGAGAAACAUCUUAAGCUUAUCACCAUGCAGGAAUUUCUUGAAAAUCAGCAAGAUCUCAGUCAAAAAAUCAAAGCAAUUUAUUUGUGGUUUAAAAAACCGGAAGCUACCAGGGAGCUCCUGCAAAGUUUGCCCAACUUAAAGGUGAUUGCAAACUCUGGUGUUGGAGUGGAUCAUCUGGACUUGAAACUGAUCUCCAGCUUCAGAGUGAAAGUGGCAAACACCCCAUUUGCAGUUGCCAGUCCUACAGCUGACCUCGGGAUGGCUUUACUGAUGGCAUCUGCUAGGAGGAUCGUGGAAGGUUAUCAGAUUGCAGUUUCUCCUGAGACCAAAUAUUUUAACGCUGACUGGUUGGGCGACGAUAUCAAUGGUGCAACUCUGGGUAUCAUUGGAAUGGGACAUAUUGGGUAUAAGGUAGCCCAGAGAGCCAAAACUUUUGAAAUGAAAAUUCUUUACCAUAAUAGGAACCAGAGGUAAACAGUUCUUUGAUCAGAUUGCAAAUUGGAUGAGGAACAGGCUGUUGGUGCUGUUUAUUGUCAAAAGAAGGAAGACUUACUCCAGCAGUCUGACUUUGUGAUGCUGACUGUGGCUCUAACAUCGCAAACACGCAACUUGAUUGGGAAAAAGGAGCUAGGGCUCAUGAAGCCCACUGCUACGCUCAUCAACAUCUGCAGAGGUCAGGUGGUUGAUCAAGAUGCCUUGGUGGAUGCACUCCAAAAUGGAAUUAUUAAGGCUGCAGCUUUGGAUGUGACCUAUCCCGAGCCAUUGCCUAGAGAUCAUCCUUUGUUAAAGUUAAAGAACGUCAUAAUAACACCUCACAUUGGAAGCGCAACUGUAAAAGCCCGCCGCGUGAUGAUGAUGAGCAUGGUGGAAAGCAUCCUGGCUGGUGUAAACGGUCUCCCGAUCCCUAAUGAAGUGCAUGGCUAAAAAGUGCUGCAUCCCUUGCUGGUAAAACAGCAGUUCUGUGGGUAGGAUGUCAUCUGAAUUUUGGGCGUGGAAGCAUGACUCCUCUUCCCACAGCAGUUCCAGGAACAAUAUGGAGGAGAGCUGGAGGGCUGCCGUAGGAGGGGGGAAUUGCCCCCGCUCCCACAUGCAAAUAUUUUUGAUGGGAUCCAACCUCAUGUAAUCAUUCUGUGCCUUGUC